AUGGGUUCACCGGGUCAAACACUGGUUUGGAUGUUGCUUCCGUCGCUCCUGUUGGGAAUGACCUCUUCAUCACACGGUUCCCUUGUGAAAGUCAAUAAGGGUUUAAAGGUGAAACGGGGUCAAUCGGCCUACCUCCAGGAUGGUGACCUUCAGUUUCAUAUUCCCCGUCAAAAGGAUGGAUGCAAGGUGGAGGUGGUGUUAAAUGAGCCCAUUACUCAACGAGUGGGAAAACUCAUGCCUCAGGUAUUUGACUGCCACUAUCUGGCUGAUGAGAUCAAAUAUGUCCAUAACGGCUGUCCAUUGUUAAAGGAGGACAAUGUCCUGCUUCGACUUUACAGGUUUACUGAGACAGAGACAUACAUGGAGGUGUUUUCUCUCCAUGUGGACAUUCUGGAACCUGAUUGUAGUAUCAUAAAGCUGGGGCCCAAAUCCCUGGAGGUUCCUGAAUUCUACGGCUUCUCCGAUGCUGUGGAUGGCAAUGUGGUGUCCUUCCGCUAUGAGAAGAAGUCAAGCCUGGAAUGUAGCAUCCAUUUGAGUAGCCAUGAUACCCAUCUGCCGGGUCAUGGCCAACUGGUCACCGGAGAGCCAGAGAAAGCCACCAAGAGAGGGGACGAGCCAGAGAGCUUCAUCCCCUUACGUCAGCAACUCGACAAUAAAGCCAGGGCCAUGUGUAAAUCUGAGGACUGCCUGAAGGGUUUGAAGCUUGUGAAGUUCACCAAAAUUUCUUGUGAUGACUUCCUGAUGAUGGGGCUGAAAUAUCAGCACAUUGACCCUCCAUCUCCAGACAUAGACUACAUUGCAAUCAGACUGGACCUCAAGGAUACCAGGAGUGGCAGCAUAUAUCAGACCGAACAAGCCUGGAUUCCAGUGCGGGUCAUUGGUGCACUGCCCAACCAGCCUCCCAAACCAUCCUUCAUGUCCAUGUUUAUCCUGGAGGUUGACCAAUUCAUCCUCACUCCACUCUCCACUGCUACACUAGAUGCUGAAGAUGAGGAAACUCCCAAACAGCAUUUGGUUUUUAACAUCACCAAACCUCCCGCGGACGGCUUUAUCACACAUCUGACCGAUCACACUCGCCCAAUCUCCUCCUUCACAUGGCUGGAUCUCAAUGACAUGCUCAUUGGGUAUCAACCUCCAAACUCCUCACAUACCCAACGCAGGAAUUACGAGGUGGAAUUUGAGGUUCAUGAUUUUGUCUUUGAGAAGAGCCCACCAAUAACUGUUCACAUGUCUGUAAGGAAUGCAGACACCAAUGCUCCCAGAGUGUCUUGGAACAUGGGUCUCAGCCUGUUAGAAGGUCAGUCCCGUCCAAUAACAUGGGAGCAGCUCCAGAUUGUGGACAACGACAACCUGAAUGCGGUCCGUAUCAUAACUGUGGACGGGCUGCAGCAUGGACGGCUGACUGUCAGAGGUGGGAAGGGCUUCAUGUGCACUGUCAAUGACAUCAAAGCCGGCGUGGUUCGCUAUCACCACGACGACAGUGACUCUACCAAAGAUUUCAUCAUCUUUCGCAUCACUGAUGGCCCCCAUCAGACUCGUCACAAGUUCCCUAUCAAGAUCCUCCCAAAGGAUGACAGCCCUCCUUUCCUCAUCACCAACAUGUUGCUGGAGGUGUCAGAAGGCCAGAUGGCUCUGCUUAGAGGUUCCACCCUCCAGGCUUCAGACAUGGACUCCAGCGAUGACUACAUCCUAUUUAACAUCACCCGCCCCCCGCAGGCAGGAGAGGUGAUGAAGAUGCCAGGAGCAGGACUUACAGGUUACCCUGUUAGCCACUUUCUGCAGAAGGACCUGUCCCAGUCCAUGGUUUAUUAUCGACACCUCGGAAACGAAGUGUUUGAUGAUUCCUUCGAGGUGGUGAUGUCUGAUUUCCAUGACCCCCCCAACUUGUCAGAGCCUCAAGUGGUGAUGGUACACAUAGAACCUGUACCAGACCAACCUCCUAAAGAGGUUCCUGGAGCCAGCCGGUGUCUUGUGAUCAAAGAAACAGAAGUGGUCCAUAUAACACGGCAGCAGCUUCACUUUGUGGACCAGGAGUCACCAGACAGCGAGCUUACAUUCACAGUUACCACUCCACCUUUCUACAGUGGACCUCACAGCAGUCCAGAUGCAGGGAGGUUGUUCCUGGUGGACAGUAUACCCAAAUUCACCAAAGACUCCAAUGCACCAGUGUUGAGGCUCUUCACACAGCAUGCAGUGAACUUCAUGAAAGUAGCUUACAUGCCCCCAAUCAUGGAUAUCGGUCCUUACCCCCAGUAUAUCCAGUUUGUUCUGUCUGUAACCAACAACCUUGGCAAAACAAUCACAGGGAUCUGCUUUAACAUCACUGUGGUGCCAGUGGACAACCAGCCGCCACAGGUCAUCACAAACCCACUCACAGUAGAUGAAGGAGGAGAAUGCUGGCUGAGACCUGAACACUUGCUGCUGUCAGAUGUGGACUCCAUGGAAGAAUCCCUAAAGGUGGAGCUUCAGAGAGAACCUCAUCAUGGCGCUCUGCAGCUUGGCAGCUUCCCAUUAAAACCAGGCCUGGCUUUCACUGUGCAUGACUUGAAAAGCCUUAAAGUUAGAUACAAUCAUGACAAUUCCGAAACUUUGGAGGACAAGAUUGAAUUCACAGCAACAGAUGGCACUAAUUCAGUCAGUUUUGUUCUAAAUGUGAAGGUGAAUCCCAUCAAUGAUGAGGUCCCAGUUCUAGUCAUUGGUUUGAAACCGGUCCUCAGCUGUUUGGAGGGAGAGGAAAUAGUCAUCACAGCUGAGUAUAUCUAUGCUACUGAUGCAGACAGUGACAACAGCAGCCUUGCCUUCCUGAUCGCCAGGCAACCGUAUCAUGGUGUGGUGCUCCGAAAUGGUGUUAUCAUCGAUCGCUUCAUCCAGGCAGACAUCACUGCAGGGACUAUCAGCUACAAACACACAGGACUGGAGAUUGGACUCACUCCUCGACAUGACACUAUUACUUUCGUCAUUUCCGAUGGAGAAACGGAAAACUCUGCUCUGUGCUGUGGUGGAGGAAAUCCUGUCAGGACCAGAGGCACGACUCGGCUACGUGACAGUCUUCCUGUGUAUGACCUCCAGAUCACAGUGUUUCCAGUAGACAGCCAGCCACCCUCACUUACAACAGGAGACAUCUUUGUGGUGGAUGAAGGUGGGACUGCACCAAUAACAGUGUCUCACUUAAAGGCCUCUGACGUGGACACCGUCCUGGAGAAGCUGGUGGUCAGUCUGAUUUCUCCUCCCCAGUUUGGCUAUAUUGAAAACGUCCUGCCCAGUCCAGGCUUUGAGAAAAGCAACAUGGGCAUAAGCAUAGCCUCCUUUUCAUACAAAGACAUAAUUGAUGGUCAUGUCAAUUACGUACAGUCCAGACACCAGAGGAUGGAGCCAACGACUGACCAGUUCAUGCUCUGCAUAUCAGAUGGCAAACACAGCUCGGCCAAUGUGCCCUUCUACGUUAUAAUCAGCCCAACAAAUGAUGAGAUCCCAGAGUUCAUGGCUCGAAAUAUCACAGUAAAAGAAGGAGAAAUGAAGCAGCUAGACUCUUCAGUCUUGCAUGCAAUGGAUCUGGAUGUCCCCAAGAAUAUCCUGGUCUUCAGUGUGGUUAAACCCCCUCAGCAUGGCAGUAUCAUCCAUCACAGCAGUGGACAUCCACUAGCUCAAGUCUACAAGCACCAGGAGGCCAGUCUUCAAUCCACGGUGGUCGAUUUUACAAUGACAGAUCUUAUAAAUGGUAACACUGUCAUGUAUAUGCAUGAUGACUCCGAGAAUAUGGACGACAGUUUUACCAUCCAGUUAACUGAUGGCAGGCACCAGCUCAACAAACAAGUGAUGGUUAAAGUCCAAUCAGUUAAUGAUGAGAAGCCUCAUGUCAUAAGGAACAAUGGACUGGAGGUGGAGCCAGGAGAGACCAGGGUUAUAUCCAGUGUUACACUCUUUGCACAGGACAAUGAUUCUCCCUCUGCAAAGGUCAUGUACAUAUUUGAGAGUGUUCCUACCCAAGGGCUACUGCAACUGAAGGUUGGUCAGGACUGGGUGACGCUGACAGCAGGGACUAACUGCACCCAGGAAAUGGUGGAUAUGAACCUUCUGCGCUACAUGCACACAGACCUGCACAGUGCUAAAACACAGGAAUUCUUUGUCUUCCGCUUGCUGGAUGGAAAGAAUCAAUCACCCUCACAGCACUUCCACAUCUCCGUCAAAGAUCUAGAAAAAGGAAAUAUCGCCAUCUUUGUGAAACCAGUGAACGUCAACCGUGGCGACCGUGUGGUUCUCACCACAGAUGUGCUGUUAGCCACAGACAGCACGGACAAAUCUGAGGAGCUUCUGUAUGUUAUCACCAACCCGCCUGCUCAUGGACACAUUGAGUACAUCAAACAUCCUGGACUGACCAUCUCCACCUUCAGCCAGAUGGACAUAGCAGCCAACAUUGUGGCUUAUGUGCAUGACAACCGAGCCAGCACACCCACAGAAACCUUUCAGUUUGUUGUUAGUAACGGUAAGACUAGCCGAAAUGGAACCUUUGAGAUUGCAGUGGAAAUGGUGGAUCGCAUUUUGCCAUCUUUGACCUCCAACAAAGGCCUUACAGUUCCACAAGGAUCCUCUAUGAUGCUGGGUCCUGACUGCCUGGCCAUGUCUGACCCUGACACUCCCCCCAACGCCCUGACCUUUGUCCUUCUGCAGCCGCCGCAGUAUGGCAGGCUAGUUUUAGGUGGAACCACACUGACUGUUGGCUCAAACUUCACCCAGAGAGAUAUACAGGAGCUAGAGGUAACAUAUAAACAUGAUGGGGGGCCAUCACAGAUUGACCGGUUUGGCUUUACUGCCUGUGACAGCACCAACCGGGGCUUCCUGCUUGAAGGGCGGUUACAUACAGAACCUGUGUUCUUCACUAUUCAGAUCAAACCUUUGGAUAAGUCGUCUCCUGAUGUUGUGAAGCUGCUCCCUCUUUGGAAGGCAGAGCUUUUAGAUGAUGGACGAUACGGGAUCUUUUUGUCAUCUCGGGAACUUAGGGCCCAAGACAGACAUAGCAAAGAAGAAGAGCUGAUAUUCUGCAUCAUUCGCCAGCCCUACUUCAGUUACCUAGAAAAUAUCACUACAGGUGGUUUUGUACCACAGUGUUUCUCUCAGAUGGAGCUGAACAAGAGAACUAUUGUCUAUAUCAUCAAUCCAGACAGGGACUCUCUGUCAGAUAGCCUGGAGUUCAGAGUGUCUGAUCCUCUAGGGAAUGCUGGGCCCUCUCAUAUACUUGAACUGAGCUGGUCCAGUGUAGAGCUGUCUCAGCCUCAGUACUCUGUGUGUGAGGAGCGGAGAGCUUUCUCAAUGGAUAUCAUUCGGAGGGGAAACUUGGCAGAGUCUUCAUAUAUCACUGUCAAGGUAAAGGAGCUGACUGCAACUGCAGGAAAAGAUUUUCUCAUAAGCCCUUCUUCUCUUAUCCAGUUUGAUCCAGGAGUAUCAAAGAGGAGCUGGCAAACUGAGAUAAUUCUGGAUCACCUCGAGGAGGCUGAGGAACUGUUUGAAGUGCUGCUAGUCUCUCCAGAAGGCACAAUGAUUGGCAGCAUCAACAAAGCUCAAAUCACCAUCAGAGACACAGGAAGAGGACAGUGCAGGCUAAACCAGGAUCAGGGGGCUCCAGUUCUCGGAGGAAAGGAGAUUCGGUCCAAGGCGUACCCCCAGCAUGGAUCCAUUAAACUAGAGAAACUGCCCCUAGGCACAGACGCAGUCAUUUGGAAUCGUGGAGACAGUGUUUCCAGGCCUGGAGUAGGAGUCCAAAAAAAGAAACUCAGAGCUAUAGACAAUCCAAAGUCUAUUGCACCUUCAUCUGUUUUUCACAAUGGGACAGACAUAGUUUACACGUAUCAUGGCAUCACGCAAAUGAAAGUAGAAGACGACACUUCCCCAUCGAGGAAGGGAAGAAAGGCAAGCGUCCGUGUGGUUAGCAGGGGUGCACAGCAACAAGCAUCAGCAGCGCUAACUAAGUCAAAGCCUGGCCCUCAAAGAAAGGUCCCAAACCCUGCAAAAAGUGGAUCUGUCAAAGGACAUGUUGCAGCUGAUAACGCCAUCCCCAAGCCAUGUGUUCCAGAGCUGAUGGGUCUCUUACAUUUCAACCAGACCACCAAUCAGCUCUUUCACUGCAACGGUGUAUCCUGGAAACCCUGGGCACCAACUGACCAGAUGGUGAGUGCUCAGCUAUGUCCUAAAGGCUGGGCCUUUCACAGUGGCCACUGUUACAUCCUCAGCACUGAGCGCAAAGCCACUUGGAGCACAGCUAACAGGGCAUGCAAGGAGAGAUAUAAAGGCAGUUUAGCAAGCGUCCUCUCUAAAGUUGACAUGGAUUGGCUGUGGGACUUCAGCGGAAGGAAACCGUUUUGGAUAGGCCUGAAUGACAGAGAGGGCAGAGGAAGUUGGGAGUGGGCGGGUGGCGAGCCAAUCAGCUACACCAACUGGAGGAAGACCCCCCCUCGAUCCAAGAUGAAAGGGGCCAAAAAGUGUGUCCUGGUGUGGAAGAGGGCAAAGUGGCAGAUCAGGGACUGCAAGGCUGGCAGAGGUCAUCGCUACAUGUGUUCUGUCAAGACUUGA